CCCCUUUCAAUAAAUCACUAUCUUUUCCAAAUAUAAUCUCUAUUCAUUCUCUCACUACUCCAAUCCAAAACAGAAAAAUAAGACCUCAUCAAAAUUCUUCUUAUAUAAUUUUUUUUUGUUAAUUAAUCCCCAAAAAAAGGUUGAAGUAAGUAGUUGCCUUUCAAACACACAGAGUGAUACAGAGCUAAGAAUAGAGUAGUAGUUGGCCCAACUUAAUUUUGCUGAUUGGAACUUUGUGUACAACAAGGGCUUAUGCUGUUGUUAAUUCAUUUUUCUUUAACAACUUUUGGGGGUUUGUGAAGAUUGGAGGGUCAUGAGAAAUUGUUGAGUUCACACAACUAAUAGUUAUUACCUCGAAGAAAAAAAAUGUGAUAAUAACUAUUAGUUGAGUGAUCGUAUGAGAAAUCAAUGUGAUCCUUUCAGUUUGAAUGGGUAUACCUAAGGAUGAUGUGUCACAAUCCAAUCAAAAAGAUAGUUCCCCUUCUAAUGUACCAGAGAAAGAUGCAGAAAAUGUGCAUCAGAAAAAGGGUCUCGAGAGUGAGGGUGGUGCAUCCGAAUCUAGUCGAGUUUCUGUACUACCGAAGAAGGAACCAUACAUAAUAUCUUGUAAAUCAGAUUCUCCUGUAAAAGACGGAAACAUUUCCCUAGUACCUGGAAAGGCUUCAGAUUCUUCACAACAAAUACAAAGUCAGAAAAUGGAAGAAGUUGUAUCUCAACCUCAUCAAGAACAAGUAACUUCUUCACCAAUGGCUGAGAAUGCUUUGUGUAAGUUACAAUCUAGGCGGAACCCUGAUACGAGUGUCCAGGAUUUGCCAUCUGAUCAAGGAGUCACUCCCUUCAGUGAACCUGAAAAACCAUCUGAAGAUGGAUAUAACUGGCGAAAAUAUGGUCAGAAACUUGUUAGAGGAAAUGAGUUCACUCGGAGUUAUUACAAGUGCACGCGCCUUAAUUGUCUAGCAAAAAAACAAGUGGAGAGAUCACAAGAUGGGAAUAUAACCAAUAUUCACUAUAUAGCAACGCAUGAGCAUCCAAAACCUCUAAAUAGUCCCCAAAUCUCCCCAGAGCUUGUAGUGCCUUCUGAAACGAGACGACCAGACAUGUCAACGGGAACACCACAUGAAGGUGAGAAAUCUACUGCACUUGGUGAAGCAUGUCAAUCUAUCGUACCAUCGGAGAGCCUGAGUUCAGCGGCUGUUGUAUCAGCUGGUGGUAGUGCACAAGAUACAGUUCUGAAGCCACUUAAAUCAGGAGAUGAGGGUGAUAAUAAUGGUGGUCGCAACUCAAAGAGACGGAAGAAAGAAGUACCUACGAGUGAUGACAUGACUCCACCUAUGAAGUCUCCUAGUGAAACACGACACAUUGUUCAGACUAGCAGUGAAGUGGAUGUAGUCAAUGAUGGUUACCGGUGGCGUAAAUACGGGCAAAAAUUUGUGAAAGGAAAUCCAAAUCCUAGGAGUUACUACCGAUGCUCGAGUGCUGGUUGCCCUGCAAAGAAGCAUGUGGAGAGGUCAUCCCAUAAUGCAAAAUCAGUGAUUACAGCAUAUGAAGGGCAGCAUGACCAUGACAUCCCACCUUCCAGAACUGUUAUCCAAAAUACAGCAGAGGCUGAUUCUAAUACAACAAGAAUAAGUGGAGAGUCCACAUCUGAAUCAGGUGAAAGCAAACAUAUUGUCCAUAUUGGUGCAAAUUGAGAGCAUAAUGCCAAACAAUCAAACUCAAUACAGAUUUAGAUAAUGUUACAUCAUCAAGUUAUCUAAUCUUAUCUUUUUUCUUAUUUGUUGUAAUUGGUCAAUUGUUCUCCACUGUAGGAGAAAAAAGAAAGGAUAAAUAUAUAUGUAUUAUAGAAACAGCUGAUUUAACCUCAUAAUUGGUGUGAAUUCCUAUACUUAAAUGUAUAAGUUGUGUUGUCAAUAAUAAAUUUAAGAGAGUUCAGAUUUGAUCA